AUGUCAGAUAUAAGAGAAUUUCAAAUCAGAUGGAAACGUGAUUUAUUUUUAAAAAAUAAAUUAAAUAAUUUAACAGCUAGAUAUUUAAUUAGAAAAAGUAUUGUUAUUGUUCAAAAAAGAUUAUGCCGACAAUUAAAUAAUUUAAAAAAUGAAUUACAAAUUGUACAAUAUGAAAGACAAAUAUUGAAGACUUCAUUAAUUGAACAUUUACAACAACGAUUACAAACAUUACACAAUGAAAUCGAUAAUUCUAAUUGUCAGAUAAAGAAUCGUACUAAACAAGAAAAACAAUAUUGGCAGCAAUUAACACAAACAAUAGAAAAACGAAUAAAUUUACAUCGAUUAAUAAAUACUUCAUCGACUAAUGUUGAUAAUAAAACAUUUGUUAUUCAUGCCGAUAAAAAUAAUGAAAAUAAACCUCAAUCAAAAAUUCACAAAAAAAAAUAA